CUCACUAAUUUCUUUAGCUCAUAUUUGAAAAAGAAAAUAAAAAAAUCAAUCCACUGAAAAAACGUAGACUUCACACACCGAAACCACUCACAUAGUUGUAGCUCACCGCCGGCAACUGCGGCCUCGCCGGAAAAUGAGAAUUCCGGCGUAUGGAUUCGGCUUCUUCCCAUACGAGUGCAGUGCUCGUGUCUCCUUUCACUACAGUCAUGUUUUCCAUGAAAAACCCUAACUGAAGUUUGUUUUUUGUUUUUCCCGUUGCUGGUGAGUAAGUGUUGUGGUGGAGUAUUUUUGUGAUCAUUUGGCGGUUGUGUGGAGAUGAUGGUGGUCGGAUGAUGUGAGUUUUGGUUUGCGGGAGAGAGGAGGCUGAAUUUGAGACGUUCGGUGUUGGGUGCUGUGUUUUGUUUACUGGCAUUGAGUUUUUGGAAGGAAUUGUUGGUAGAGUUUUGAAGUUGUUGUUUAUAGGUGUCUACAGUUUUUGGUUUGGAGGAAAAAAUGCCUUUUCCUAUGAGAAUCCAGCCGAUCGAUGCGAUCCGUAACGACGUCGUUAAGCCACCGGUGUCGAAAUCACGGCUGAGGCGGCUUUUUGACCGACCUUUUAACAGUGUUCUGAGGAUUUCAUCGGCAGAGAAGCAGGUUGCAGGAGGAGAAAAGGACGGCGGAGCGACGCCCGUUGUGCCUGAUUUUGAGCCGAGCUCGGUUUAUUUAGAUAAGAUGGUUCAAAAUUUCAUUGAAGACAACAACGACAAACAAUCCUCUGCCGUCUCGGCGAAAUGCGGCCGCUGCAAUUGCUUUAAUGGCAACAGCAACAACAGCUCCGACGACGAGUUCGGUUUCUUCUCGGACUCAUUUACCGCAAAUUCUUCUUUUAGUGACCCCUCCGAUACUCUCAAGAGUUUGAUACCCUGCGCGAGUGUGGCGGAGAGAAAUCUAUUGGCAGACAGUUCAAAAAUCGUUGAAAAAAACAGCAAAACUUGCAAAAGAAAAGACGAUUUGAGGAAAAUCGCCACCGAUGGUCUAAUUGCUCUUGGUUAUAACGCCUCUGUUUGUAAAUCCAAAUGGGACAAAUCUUCUUCUAUUCCAGCUGGUGAAUAUGAGUACAUUGAUGUGAUAAUGGAUGGCGAGAGGGUGAUAGUCGAUGUUGAUUUCCGAUCAGAGUUCGAAAUAGCUCGAUCCACGAGCAACUACAAGGCAAUUUUACAGUGUUUGCCGUGUAUUUUCGUCGGAAAAGCCGACCGGCUUCUGCAGAUCCUCUCGAUCGUCUCGGAGGCCGCCCAGCAGAGCCUAAAGAAAAAAGGCAUGCACAUCGCGCCGUGGCGUAAAGCCGAAUACAUGAAAUCUAAAUGGCUCAGCCCCCACACACGCAUCACGCAUCCAAAAUCAACAAGUCCACCAGAAAACGACGCCGUUGAGAAACCCACCGUACCCCAACCCCAACCCCAACCCCAAACCGAGGUUAUGGAGUUACCGAGUGAAAGUGGAGAAUUAGAUCUGAUUUUCGGAGAGGAAACAACGUCUUCAUUUCAAUCUGAACCUGGUCUAGAGGAACCCAAGUCACUGGUGAAGGUUUCAGGCGACGCGACACCGUCGACGACGUGGCAGCUACCGGCGGUGAAGCCAAAGAGUCUAGAGAGGGGGCAUUGGCAUAAUAAUAAUAAGGUGGUGGUCACAGGCUUAGCUUCUCUCCUCAGCGAACCACUGUGAAAAAAAUAAAAAGAUAAGUUUUGUUUUCUUUUCCAGAAGUUUCUGUCUCUCUCUCUAUCUAACUUCUUUCUCUUUUGGCCAAAUAUAUUCUCCCUAAAAAGUAGAUAAAAAAAAGAAUAUUAUAUAUACAUCUCCUUAUCCUUAUGUCUAUAAAUCGGAGUCGCGGAAGAGGGAUUUUGUUUCCUAUUUUUCAAUUUCUCUUUCUUUUUUCUUUUUUGUUGUCCCUUCUUUUUUAUGCAGAAGGGUUAUGUAAAA